GUUUUUUAAGUGUGUAUACCAAAACUGUGUCCACUUGCAAACUUAUCGCACCAAAAUGGAUUCCUCGAAGGUCCCCGUCAAGUUGGCUAAAGUCAUCAAAGUUCUCGGACGCACUGGAUCCCGUGGUGGUGUCACCCAAGUCCGUGUUGAGUUCAUGGAUGAUACUUCCCGUUCCAUCAUUCGUAACGUUAAGGGUCCUGUUCGCGAGGAUGACAUUCUCGUCCUUCUUGAAUCCGAGCGUGAAGCCAGACGUUUGCGUUAGAGAGUUCUUAAUAAGCUUUCUGCUCAAGAUAAUUUCCUAAAGUAACUCUGCACUAUUUAACAGACCCUCUACUAUGAGGUAGUCCGGGUUGCUUAUGGCUAAAAUAUCAUCGUCGUUUGCGUUUGCCA